UUGUUUGCAUAAACAAUUUUAUUCAAGAAUUCUUUAAAUAGUACAUACAUCUCUUUCAGCAGAGUAUUUGAGGAAUUUAAAUUUUCUUGCACGAUACUAUCGAGAGAAAAUGGCGAACUAUUCGAUAAGUCGACUUGGCGUAUACACUUGGCGUAUACGCUUGCAUCUGUAGUCAUCUGUAGUGAGCAUAGAGAUCUUUAUAUCUCUAUGGUAGUGAGUAAAGAACUGUCAUCGAUUAAAUGGACGGAAAAAUGAAUUCUAGCAAUUCUUCGGCUUAUCGCCGCAUCAACUUAAAAAUCGCACCUGGUGCAGUAGUGUGCGAAGAGAGCAUUCUAAAAGGGGACAUUUCUAUUGGUGCGAAAACUAUAAUCCACCCUAGAGCAUGUAUUCUAGCGGAGGCUGGUCCGAUCAUUAUAGGAGAAGGCAAUAUUAUCGAGGAAAUGGCAACUAUAGCCAACAGGUUGCCAUCCGAUGCUCCGGAACCUGCAACAGUACCAGUGCAAAUUAUAGGGAACUAUAAUGUAUUUGAGACUGACUGUGUUUGUGAAUCAUAUAAAGUUGGCGAUAACAACAUCUUAGAAGCAAAAGCACAAGUUAGUCGAGAAAUUGAACUAACGAAUGGAUGCGUUAUUGGAGCUGCAUGCUCUUUGACGGAGCAAGAAGUAGUACCAGAAAAUACAAUAGUGUACGGCAGCCAGUGUCAACGUAGAGAAAUGAACGACAAGCCAUAUCCUCAAAUUGGACAGUUGGACUUUCUGCUGAAAGUACUCCCGAAUUAUCACCACUUUCGCAAAUCGAAUGUAAAGUCAAAACCUGGAGGACCUGUGUGAAUAAUAUAUAUACCCACAAUCUUUGUAAUGAUAAAAAUAAGAUAAUAUGUUUAAUUUUUACACUAAUUAUACGAAUUGUAUUUAUUGAAAAAACCUUAUGCUUGCAAUUCAGCAAACAAAUAUGUAUAUUUAUUUCUAUUACAUAUAAUAAAAUUUUUCUGUAUUAUAUUGUGA